AUGAAUUCAAAUAAUGAUAGUAAUAUAUUAUUUGUUAACCAAGUUGGAGAACUAUUGACAAGGUAUAAUGAACAAAUUGGUCAAUUAAAUAAAGGUUUAUUAGAUUACUAUUAUAAUAAUGGAUUUGAUAAAAAGAAUUUAAAUAGUAUUGAAAAAGAAUUGGGUAUUGUACAAGAUUGCUUUUCAAAAAUGAAAUGGAAUUAUAUAGAAAAUGGUAAUAAACAAUUAUUUAUAAAAGAUAUUAUAUCAGAGACACAAAUUACAACACCAAGUCAACAUAAUGUACAUAGUUUAGAAGAUCAAUUAAAAGAGAUUAAAAAUGAUUUCAAUAAUAAUAAAGAGAAAACUAAAAAAGCAUUUGAACAUAUCAUUGAGAUCAUAAAUAGAUUCACUGGUAUGAAUGAAAAAUAUCAAAAAGAGAAACAAAAUUUACAAUCUUCAAUUAGUAAAGCAAAUGAAUUAAUUGAAAAUAUAUUAAAAUUAGUUAAUAAUAGUAAUAAUAAUAAUAAUAAAAAUAAUAAUAAUAAUAAUAAUAAAUCUGGUAAUAAUAAUAUUAUUAAUUAUAGUAAUAAUUUAAAUUCAUCAAUUCAAUGGUACAAAAAAUAUAAUAAAUUUUUAGAAUCAAUGGGUGGAUUAUACAUUAUACCAAAUAAUGAUAAUCAGAUAAUAAAAAAUUCAAAAAUUGAAUUUGAAUUAAAAAUUGAUACAACUAAAAUAAUACAUAAAUUAAUAAUAGAAUUAGAUGAAAAUAAUAAUAAUAAUAAUAAUAAUAAUAAUAAUAAUAAUAAUAAUAAUAAUAAUAAUAAUAAUAAUAAUAAUAAUAAUAAUAAUAGUGAUAAUAAUAAUAGUGAUAAUGAAAAAGUUUUAAAUAAUUUACCAAUUAUAAAAGGUUAUAAUUUAAUACCAAAUAUUAAUGAACUGAAUAAAGUUUUACAAGAUACAAUAUCAGAUUAUUCAAAUGAACCCUUGGAAUCAUUUAGCGAUAUUGGCUAUUUAGUUGGUGAAUUUAAGAAUAUAAUUUCAAAUUAUUAUUUAAUGGAAGCAGAAAUUCAAGAUUUAUCAUUACGUUUUAAAAUUAAACGUCAAACAUUGAAAAAUUAUGGCGAACUUUCAAUUCAAUUACCAAAUGGUUUCACUUGUAAUCUUUAUUUAGAUUCUGAUUAUCCAAAAUAUUCAAAUAUUGAAAUUCAAUCAAUUCAAAAACCAAAUUCUAAUGAAUUAGUAACAAAUUUAUCAUUUAUUCAAAAAAAUAUAAAUGAAAAUAAAUGGAGUUUAUUACAAUUAAUUGAAGAAAUUGAUUAUUAUUUAAAAUAA